UAGAUAUCUAGCGGUGAUUGAUGUUUUUACCUGAAAUGAUAAUCGAGAGAUUUUCGGAAAUUAUAACGGUUGGAAUAUUUCCAAAAAUUAGUCGAGAGAUUCUCGGAAUCUCGAACGGACGAUUAUAGGAGGACGUUGAAAUUGUGAUAAAUACAAAUCAGUUUUUAUAUUAUACAAUAAUCAUUUAAUAAUUUACAAAAAUGGUUAUACGAGAAUAUCAAGAAGAACUACAAUAUUUGGAAAAAGUAAAUCCUCAUUGUUGGAGAAUUAAAAAAGGCUUUCAACCAAAUAUGAAGGUCGAAGGUGCAUUUUAUGUAAAUGAUACGCUCGAGAAAUUGAUGCUAGAAGAAUUACAACAGGCCUGUAAAUCUGGAAAAGUUGGUGGUUUUUUACCUGGUAUUAAACAAAUUGCCAAUGUGGCUGCUCUCCCGGGCAUCGUGGGAAAGUCAAUUGGUCUACCAGACAUCCAUUCUGGUUACGGAUUUGCCAUUGGUAAUAUGGCAGCGUUCGAUAUGAAUGAUCCAAAAGCAAUUGUUUCCCCUGGUGGGGUAGGAUUUGAUAUUAAUUGUGGCAUAAGACUUUUGAGAACAAAUUUAUUUGAGAAAGAUGUACAGCCUGUAAAGGAACAAUUAACUCAAAGUUUGUUUGAUCACAUACCGGUAGGUGUUGGCUCAAAAGGAAUUAUUCCCAUGAAUGGUAAAGAUUUAGAGGAGGCCAUGGAAAUGGGCAUGGACUGGUCCCUUAGAGAAGGAUAUAUUUGGGCCGAAGAUAAGGAACAUUGUGAAGAAUAUGGCAGAAUGUUAAAUGCCGAUCCAUCUAAAGUUUCUGUAAGAGCGAAGAAACGUGGUCUUCCUCAAUUAGGAACAUUAGGAGCUGGAAAUCACUAUGCCGAGAUUCAAGUGGUCGAUGAAAUUUUUAAUAAAUCAGCGGCUAGUAAAAUGGGUAUCGAAGGCAAAGGACAAAUUUGUAUUAUGAUUCAUUCGGGAAGUCGUGGUUUUGGUCAUCAAGUAGCUACAGAUGCUUUAGUUGAAAUGGAGAAAGCUAUGAAGAGAGAUAAUAUUGAAACAAACGAUAGGCAAUUAGCAUGCGCAUUAAUAAGUUCGGAAGAAGGGCAAAAUUACUUGAAAGCAAUGGCUGCAGCGUCAAACUUUGCUUGGGUGAAUCGAAGUUCAAUGACAUUUUUAACUAGGCAGGCGUUUGCCAAACAAUUUAACGCAUCGCCAGAUGACUUGGACAUGCACGUUAUUUAUGAUGUAUCGCACAAUGUGGCUAAAAUUGAAGAGCACAUAGUCGAUGGAAAGCAAAAAACUCUUCUAGUUCAUAGAAAGGGUUCCACAAGGGCUUUUCCUCCUCACCAUCCGUUAAUUCCUGUAGACUAUCAAUUAAUAGGCCAGCCAGUGCUAAUCGGAGGUACCAUGGGAACAUGCAGUUACGUUCUUACCGGUACAGAACGAGGAAUGAUCGAAACUUUUGGUUCAACGUGUCAUGGAGCCGGUCGAGCGUUAUCUCGUGCAAAGUCAAGGAGAAAAUUGGAUUAUCAAGUUGUAUUAGAUAAGCUACAGUGCAUGGGUAUUUCGAUACGUGUAGCAUCGCCAAAAUUAGUUAUGGAGGAAGCUCCCGAAUCUUAUAAAAACGUAACCGAUGUCGUAAAUACAUGUCAUGCGGUUGGAAUCUCUCAAAAGUGUAUUAAACUUCGACCAAUAGCGGUUAUUAAAGGAUAAAAUCUCACA